AAAAUCAACCAACCAAACAACCCCCAACAGCCAAGCAUACAUCUCUAAUUUUAUUAUUUUGGUCUUUUCGUUGGAUUUUCCCUUUCUUCUUUUUUUCGGGUUAUUGCUCACUUUUGAGCAGAGGUUUACAUUUUUUAAAAAUUUGCUUUCCAGCCCGCCUUGAUCUUCUAAGCACGAGUUCAUCGUCUGAGAGAGAGAAAAAAAAAUCUCUGGUUGGCGUUUUCCUUUCUUUUCUUUUCUUUUUUUCUUUUUUUAAAUUUUUCAAGGGGGAGGAGAUUUUCCACAAGAAAAGGUUGUUUUCAUGUUUGGGAUUCAGGAAAGCAUCCAACGGAGUGGAAGCAGCAUGAAGGAAGAGCCGCUGGGCAGCGGCAUGAACGCGGUGCGGACGUGGAUGCAGGGCGCCGGGGUGCUGGACGCCAACACGGCGGCGCAGAGCGGGGUGGGGCUGGCCCGGGCUCACUUUGAGAAGCAGCCGCCUUCCAAUCUGCGGAAAUCCAACUUCUUCCACUUCGUCCUGGCCCUCUACGACAGACAGGGCCAGCCCGUGGAGAUCGAGAGGACAGCGUUUGUGGGGUUCGUGGAGAAGGAAAAAGAAGCCAACAGCGAAAAGACCAAUAACGGAAUUCACUACCGGCUUCAGCUUCUCUACAGCAAUGGGAUAAGGACGGAGCAGGAUUUCUACGUGCGCCUCAUUGACUCCAUGACAAAACAAGCCAUAGUGUAUGAAGGCCAAGACAAGAACCCAGAAAUGUGCCGAGUCUUGCUCACACAUGAGAUCAUGUGCAGCCGCUGUUGUGACAAGAAAAGCUGUGGCAACCGAAAUGAGACUCCCUCAGAUCCAGUGAUAAUUGACAGGUUCUUCUUGAAAUUUUUCCUCAAAUGUAACCAAAAUUGCCUAAAGAAUGCGGGAAACCCACGUGACAUGCGGAGAUUCCAGGUCGUGGUGUCUACGACAGUCAAUGUGGAUGGCCAUGUCCUGGCAGUCUCUGAUAACAUGUUUGUCCAUAAUAAUUCCAAGCAUGGGCGGAGGGCUCGGAGGCUUGACCCCUCGGAAGCAGCUACUCCCUGUAUCAAAGCCAUCAGCCCGAGUGAAGGAUGGACGACGGGAGGCGCGACUGUGAUCAUCAUAGGGGACAAUUUCUUUGAUGGGUUACAGGUCAUAUUCGGUACCAUGCUGGUCUGGAGUGAGUUGAUCACUCCUCAUGCCAUCCGUGUGCAGACCCCUCCUCGGCACAUCCCUGGUGUUGUGGAAGUCACACUGUCCUACAAAUCGAAGCAGUUCUGCAAAGGAACACCAGGCAGAUUCAUUUACACAGCGCUCAACGAACCCACCAUCGAUUAUGGUUUCCAGAGGUUACAGAAGGUCAUUCCUCGGCACCCUGGUGACCCUGAGCGUUUGCCAAAGGAAGUGAUACUCAAAAGGGCUGCGGAUCUGGUAGAAGCACUGUAUGGGAUGCCACACAACAACCAGGAAAUCAUUCUGAAGAGAGCGGCUGACAUUGCAGAGGCCCUGUACAGUGUUCCCCGCAACCACAACCAACUCCCGGCCCUUGCUAACACCUCGGUCCAUGCAGGGAUGAUGGGCGUGAAUUCGUUCAGUGGACAACUGGCCGUGAAUGUCUCUGAGGCAUCGCAAGCCACCAAUCAGGGUUUCACCCGCAACUCAAGCAGCGUAUCACCACACGGGUACGUGCCGAGCACCACCCCCCAGCAGACCAACUAUAACUCCGUCACCACGAGCAUGAACGGAUACGGCUCGGCUGCCAUGUCCAAUCUGGGCGGCUCCCCCACCUUCCUCAACGGCUCAGCUGCCAACUCGCCCUAUGCCAUAGUGCCAUCCAGCCCCACCAUGGCCUCCUCCACAAGCCUCCCCUCCAACUGCAGCAGCUCCUCGGGCAUCUUUUCCUUCUCACCAGCCAACAUGGUCUCAGCCGUGAAACAGAAGAGUGCUUUCGCACCAGUCGUCAGACCCCAGACCUCCCCCCCUCCCACCUGCACCAGCACCAACGGGAACAGCCUGCAAGAUCAGUCUUUUGUGGACUCUAGCAAGUUCUCCAGUGCAGGGUCUCUCCCGGGACUGGCCUUCUCCUGAACGAUAUCUGGCAUGAUUGUUCCUCCCAUGUGAAAGAAUUGCCUUGAAGAAUUGUAUUAAUGAAGAGGUUGGAUUCUGCUACAGAGAGUAAUCUGAUACAAGUCCCAGAGUGGAACUUUUAACUCAGGCCUUUUUAAGAGGAAUCACAAUAACUGCAGAUUUUUAAACAAACAAAAUCACCGACCUUGCAAAUACUGAAAUUGGAAGGGAUCUGUAAGUGCAGGGUGUUGGUUAAAGCCGUACCUCCCAAGUAUUUGGGGGAUAUAUUUAUUCUGUAUUGACAAAAGCAAAUCCACUUUUUCUUUUUUUUUUUUUUAAGCUUAAUUCUGCAAUCAUUUGUCUUUUAUAAACCGUAAAGCUCUAUACAAGGGACACUAUAAAUAAGACUCCAUGUUUUAAUUUAUGAUGUUUUUAAAGCUGUGUAAAGGAAGAAUGAAGUGGUGAUAUUUACAAAAAAGUUAAAAAAGAAAAAAAGAAAAAAAAAGCUUGUAUGGGACAGAAUAGGAAUGCCAGUUAGAUUUUUUAGAAAAACUAAGGGUCGGCUUUUGCGCCUUAAAGCAUAUCAAAUGGUAGUUAGCUCAGACAGUGCAUUUUCAAUAUCUAACUUAACAUGCCACCCCUUAGCAGUGCAAGCUUAUUUAUCUCUUUUGUAUUGUUGUCUUAAGUAACUGUGUAAAUAAAUGCAGCCUGGAAAGUUAAAACGCGAUGUAAGUGAUCACAUUUUCCCCUCUACUCGAAAAUCCAGUGCCUCUAGACAGAUUGUUAAAACUGCAUAUUUAAACCUGAUCUCAGUCUCUCCUUUUACUUAAGUCAGUUUCUUCUGAAGCCGAUGGCCUCUCGAGAGCUUGGUGGCACACAUACUGUGUGAGAAUCUCCUUUGAGACUUCAUGGAACAGGGUCCAGGCACAGAAUUCCACACUCUGCCCUCCAAUUAACAAGCCAAAACCUCACGUACACUUCCCUAUUUGCAAGUUUAAAGUUUGCUGGCCGUAAAUGCUGACUUCAUACCUAUCUUCCAAAAGCUGACAAAAGCAACCUGGCUGGUAUUUCAAUUUUCCAGUUGAAGAUACCACCUCUAUCAGUCGACCCUUACCCAUUUGUAACAUAAUAGAUUAAAACAACAGGUUAAGUGCUUUGGAAUUAAGAGUUAAAGGGAACGGGAACGGGGAAAGGAAAAGAAGGUUGAGACCUCCAAAACAUAGUUUUCUGUUCUGUGGGAAUUUUUGCUCUCGUUAUCUGGGAAGUGUUCUUAAAAAUAAGAAUUAAUAGCAAAGAUGCAGCAAAGCUCUGAGGAUGCAUUUGCCUGAUAUUUUUUCUUUGCUCUUGUGUUUUUGUAUGUAGUUAUAAAUACUGUAGAUUUUUUUUGUGAUUUUUUUUUUGCCAAAGUUGUUGUUCUAUUUAUACAUUUUAAUGUCUUAAGACAGUUUUUCAAUAUCACAAAAAGAUUUUACUGCGUAUUUUGCAAAGAACAAAAAAGCUCACUACCUUUAGCUUGCACAUACUUGCAAAGUUCAUUACAAGGCUUUUUGUUUUAAAGGGGAUUUUGUAAAAUAUCCAUAUAAAUAAUGUAUUUAUCUUUCGAAUUUGUACAUUGCUUUUCCCUUCUUCCUCUUACUCCCACCCCCAAUUUAUUUUAUUGUGUAUGUUUGCUAUGUGAAAAGUGCAUAUUUGUUUGGUCACCUACACUUGUAUUAGCUGUUUCAAUGUGAUUUUUAAACAUUUCAUUUAUAGUUAUUUUCAGUAUUGUUAUAAACCAUGCUUCAGUUUUUUUUUAUUUCCACCCAAAAGUCAUUGUCUAUUUUUGUAUUAUUUGUAAGUUAAGAAGUUUUUUCCAAUAUAUGGCAAAAAAAAAUAGUAGCAUAUUAUUCUUGUAGUAUUUAGUUCUGUAGAUUAAAAAAUGUAUCCUUUGCUUUGGAAGCUUACAAAACAACCCUAAUGCUGUUUUACUCUAUUAAUAUGCAUGGAAUCUCUCCCUUUGGAGUGACGCAUUUUGUGCAUUAAAUUCUAGGGAGAAACUUCAUAGAAAUCAAUGAACAUACUUUCUUUCUUAAGUCUGCUUGUAUAUUUCCUCUGUCUUUCACGUAAAUAUAAACCAGCAGAUUGGAUGCCUUAACAAUGCAAAUCAUAUUCAUUUCACUUGUACAUUGUAACUGUGCACCAGAACUGUCAGUCAUCACUAACAUUCUAAGAAAAAAGAAAAAGAAAAAAAGAAAAAAAAAAAAACAAAGAAAUCGAAAAGCACAAAAGAACUGUUUUGUUACCUUAAGACAAUGUAACUUUUUCUAGUAGAGCAAGAAAUCAUUUACAACAAUGCUGCAACUGUGCAUGCCCCCAUAUGGAUUUUGCAAUGGUUUUCACUAGACUGUCAAGAGUGCGAUUUUUAUGGGUUGGGGUGGGUGGGGGAGGGGAGUUGUGGGAGGGUAAGGGAGGGAAGAAAGCUGAUUUUUCAUGGUGAGAAAUAAUAAUGAUGACUAAUAAUAAUAAAAAACUGGAAAAUGUAAGCAAGGUGGACGCAUUGCUUCUCGGUACUCACAAAGGUUGUCUGAAUUCGCGUGGUAAGCGCUGGCCUGAAGAUGUACACAAGUUAAAGCCAUAUUUUGUCUGGUGAGCCCCUUAACUGUUUGUGAAGGAAUGCACGGUCAGCCGGGAAGGUGUCCGGCUUAGACCUUGACAACAGACGCUACCCAUCUGUCAGCCAUGUGCAGUGGUUAGAACUUUUCUUGAAAGUCCAAAGAGCCCUUAAAAUGUGUAUAAUUUGUGUUUUGUUGCUUCUAUUUCUAUUGAUUAGAUGAAAAGACAUUCUGGCCCUCUGAUCCUCUUUCUUCUCCACAAAAGUUUUACAAAUAAAGAUGUUCCCCUAAAUACAGAAUAUGGCUUUAAGAAGAAAACGAAAUGGAGAAUUAAGAUUUCAGUGUUGGGGGAAAAAUACAGCUUCUGGAUGACUGGAUUGCAUAACGUGCCCUGGCCUCACAUUGUACUAGGAUGCAGCUUAAAUGAAGUCAUCUCUAAAUCUACUAACCUUUCACCUUCUUAUCAAAACUUUUUGAAUAGACACACACUGUACAGUUCAAUUGUUAGAGAACCUAACUACUGUAGAGAUUGUUAUAAUUUUUUUUUUUUUUUGCAAAAAUUCAAGCUGUAAAAACUUUUCAACUUUCACAAUAUUUAAUUAAAGUUACUUCCUGUCUGUGAUGGCA